AUGGACGCAGAGAAUCUUGUUGAAUCACAGCCAGUAACGUUAGUGGAGCUCUUGAACAAUACUCUCAUCUGGCGCCAGACGGCUCCCUACCUUUCGGCCGCAAGUGUUUUGGCACUGUCUGCUACGGCACGUGCUUUUCGACAUACCAUUUGCGAUUCACCAGAGACCUUUCGCCAUCUAAAUCUCGGCUUGGUCAGAUCGGCUACUCUAGCUGACACCAGCCCUAUCGACAGUGGUGGCAAAUCAUGGCGUGCCGAGCGCAUGGACGAGUCUUUGACAGAGGAUGACUUCUUCUCCGGCCCGUUGCGAGGUAUCUUCUCGAAGCUCGAACGUCAACACUUGCUUCAGAAUGUCAAAACACUGAUCCUGGAUGGUCUCAGCGUACCUGCGGAGCUCGUUCGGGAGAUUGUUCUGGAAGACCGCUUCAAUGUCAAGAUCCUCAGCAUCCGCGACGUCACUAACAUGAAUCAAAGAGGCCUACAGUCAGUCCUACGCUACGUCGUAAGGCCUUCUGCUUCAAGGGCGCCUAAGCUAAAGGGCCUCUAUCUUUUUGGUCGUAAAGACACGUCAGCAACACUCAUACACAGAGCCGAGGCCUUGCCUACAGGUCGUGUAUCAACUGGCGUCAUGUCGUCGGAGGGUGCUCAGAUCGGUGCAGAGUGGAACUCGCGAUCCGAGAUGGCGCUCUCUGCGUCGCUGGGUCUGAAGCAACCGCUGGAUGACUGGUGGAGGACCAAAGGUAGGAUUUGGAGUAACGAAGGCAACGCCAAUCGUCCUCCUUCGAGUGAUUGGGCUGAUAUAGUAUCUGCAUGUCAAGGCAUCAUAGCCUUUGAUGCAGUCCUCUGUCGCGGUCCGAGGCAUGAUCCUAGUAAGACCACGCCAGACCGGCUACUACGGCCUGCCAUCGCAAACAUCGCUCUUGGUUCAAGAGGCUGCGAAUCGUGCGGUUCUUGUCCCGAACAACCAGCGGUCUUCAACCGAGACGCAGACUCCAGUUUCCCUCUACUGUCACCUCCGCCGCUGCAUGCCAGUACGGUUAGAGCGGCACAGAGACCCAUUGUACAGGAUGCUGACUUGCCACUUUUGAUUCUUCGGUGCUUUGACUGUCUUCGCGAGCGCUGGUGUGAAAAAUGUAACAAGUGGUGGUGUGAGGAUUGUUAUCAAGAGCCAGUCUCACGAGCGAAGCGACAACAUCCCAACUCGCCCGAGAACGGCUUACAGGAUGCUGAUGGAUGGGCUUUGGAAGCUUUGAGCGCGAAUGCUCCUGUAAAGGUAUACUCUAAUCUUUGCAUCGAAACCUGCCUUGUUGGCGAGAUGUUGCCCGUGGCCGAUGGCAUGUGGGGAUGA